GGCGCGUUCGUAAGUAGUAGUGAUGCCGUCAAGUUAGCAUCGUAGCUCCCGAAUUACCAGCUUUGCUAAUUUAUAAAAUGUCAAAGCGGAGUGUUUUUCGGAGCGAUACCGUUUUACGUGAAAUUAAAUAUAGAAGGACAAUAGCGAUUUAAGUGCGAGUUUUGUAUUUGUGUGGUCAGUGCCACCCGAUAGUCAAGCCGUGCGGUGUCCCAUUCCCUUAGCUAGCACGGCUAUCGGUUGCAUAGUCGUAAACACAUUGCCCGCUAUCACGACGUGGACGGCGGUGUCCGCAACAAGCUCAACGGUCGGCGUCGACGUUGGAUUUGAGUUCGACCACUGUCAUGGAGAAGGCAGAUUUCCUAAGGGGGCUUCCCGUCUACAAUAAAAGCAACUUCAGCAGGUUUCAUGCGGACUCUGUUUGUAAAGCAUCUAAUCGGAGGCCCUCUGUCUAUCUUCCAACACGAGAAUACCCUUCAGAACAGAUUAUUGUCACAGAGAAAACCAACAUCCUCCUGCGCUACCUCCAUCAUCAGUGGGACAAAGAGAAUGCAGCAAAGAAACGAGAACAGGAGCAAGGGGAUGGCGAUAGCCCGGCACCCCCAAGAAAGAUCGCCAGGACAGACAGCCAAGAAAUGAAUGAAGACUCCUAAGUGUGCGUGCGCGUGUGCGUGUGUCUGUGUGUGCCGGGCAUAUUCCAAUCCUAACAAAUCGAAAACAACGGGUGACAGCUUGUUGCCACUCUGUUGCGUGGCGAGGGGCUGUGCCGCUCCGAAGUGGGGUUCUUCAUUGAGGGCUUCACUGAAGAAGGAAAGAAAGUCCAGACUUAGAACAGACUUGUAACCACUCUUUUGAGAACUGAAAAGAGCCUCCAUUGGGCCGGGUUGUAUGUGCCGCUUGUUGCGUGAGGAUACGUGUAUCGUGUUAUGUAUGUUUGUAUGCAUGCUGAGCUGUGUGCGUAUCGUGCGUAUCGUACAUGUGAGGUAACGGAUUCAUUGAAAGUCAGCAAGUGACUUGACAAGUCAACUCUUGAAAGUGUCUCCAUUUGACUUCUGGCGUUUGGUUGUAUUUCAUGUUUAUAAGUACGGCAACGCGCUUCCUGCCUGCCCAAGUGCCCCCUCCCCCAACUCGAUUCCACUGCCCACCCUGUAAUGGUGACGUUUCUCCACACAACCAAGAACGCACUGUGAAGAACGGCACAAAGUAGAAGCACCACGCUUGUGUAUGAAUUUGCAGUGUAUCGCUCCAUAAUCUUUAGCCUUGGCUGUUUGUUGUGGUUUUUUUUUUGUUUUUGUUUUUUUUUAUCUUAACACGUGCAUCUUGCACCUACCAUCUCAGUGCAAAGGGUUGUACAUCCUAAUGUUAGAUUUUCUGUUUUGAGCAGAAUGAAAGUGGGAAAGAAAAAGACAGCAAUUUUGUGUAAAUAAAUGUCAAUUCCAUAAUUUAAUUUAAUAUGCAUUUGUUGAAUAACUUUAUUUAGGUACAAUGGAAGAAAGAAAUGUCAAAUUAAAGAGCGCAGCCACAGUGCAGAAUAGAAGUCAUCUGGCCUUGCCUGUUCUGUUAUUUUUAUUUUUUUUUGUAUUCCCACCUUCCCCCAUUGCAUUUUUGGAUUGUUAGCCUUAGAGGCCUUACGACUGGUAGUCACUAUUUGGAUCCUGUUCUCGCAUCACCUUUGUUUUGGUGAUUUAAGUAGUUCCAUGCUACAAGUUAAAAGCGGUUGUUUUUAGCAUGCAGUCCCAGUCCAUAUUGCAUCUUGUUGUUUCUUUUGUUGUCCAUGACAAUACCGAAUAAAGAUAGAUACAGGUAUAUGUGAUAGGAUCUAAAACAAUGUGGUCUGUUAUCGCGCCACCCGUCGUGUCUGUUUCAGUUAUAAGACCAUGUUAUGCUUCUGCUGAAACUGUUCUACAACACCUGAAGCCCCUCCCACCACCCGUCUUGUACAUAAGAUCAGAUGGAUUUUUUUUCUAGCUUUGCUGAAAUAAAACUGGACAGACAUCGUU